AUGAAGAGAUUACGCCAUGCAGCCGAUCCGCCGAGGUUUGCUUCUGACCCUCAGCUGAGGGGUGGCUCUGAAGCAUGUCGAAUGGGCUGCUGUCCGAACCAUGGAGGCGGUGAUGGGCUGGAGCGACGAGCAGCAAUUCAACCACCAGACGAGUCCCGAACGCCAGGAAAAUUCGUAGCCUGGAUUAGACGAGUCAUUACACGCAUUGAGAUGCAUCGCGGCCGCAUCUAUGGUCGCCGCAUGCCCCCCAAGCCCGGAGGCGAUUAUGGAGGGGAUGACAUGAAGUGGGCGAAGUGGGCGGGAGACGCGACGGGCGCGAAGCUUGGUGGGACACUGUGUUGCCUGGUCUCCGCCAAGUCACCACGAAAGCACGUGAGCCUCGUAAAUUGCUUCCCUCCCUGUCUCCCUGCCGCGCCCUGGCCCUCGGAUGCUGCGCCCCGGUUUUUCUUUGGCCCGGCGCCCCCUUGCUUACGACCUGGCGUUUGCUAA